AUGCCUUCGCGGACUGACGGGGCGUCUGGAGUAAAGCAAGGUUCCAAGAGGAAGAGAAAGAGGGAGAAGGAGAGGGAGCCAGGACAAGAUGCCCCAAGUGGGGUGUCGUCUCACGACCGACGCGUCAAGCAGCUAAGGAAAGGGGUCGACGAAAGUCUGCAACCCUCCGAUGCUGUGAAGCAUGCGUUGCUGGCUCAGUAUUACCCAACUAUUCUGACCUUACGGCAGUACGUGCUCUGCAGUCUGCCAGCAUCAUCGAAAACUCGCCGCAAAAAGAUCUCUGCAGUCGGCAAGCCAGACCACUAUGUAGCUGAAAAUACAGGUGCAGGAGUCCAGGAAUCUGAGAAGGAUCCUGACGACAUCCACGCCUCAGUAGCCCGACUUCUAGACACGACGUUAGUUGGUACUCACGGCAACCCGAGCCCUUUUGGAGGAGAAAAAUCGGACAGCCGUCUCCAACGGUGGAUUGAUUAUUCCCAGAAGGGCGACGACUCCCUUGUGACGCUCUCUGAUGGUGUUGCUGGUGCAGUACAUUGUCAGACAGAGAUAGUCGACUUCAUUAUCUGGCUGCUCUUUUCGAGAGAGACCUUGCCCAGCGCUCGGCCCCGUCACCUUCUCUGCGAUGGCUUUCGGAAGCAGAUUGGCCCUAGGCAGCAACAAUGCUCAGUUCAGGGACUGUACAGCGUCUAUUCUAAUGAACGAGUUGCGGCCUUGAAAGAGUCACCAUGGCCGCAAUUGCUCUCGCUGUUGGGAAAGGCUGGAAUCGACAAUACGCUCCGAAUGAUGAUGUACAUAUUCCCACGUCAAUUCGGUCUGCAUAAUGCCUUCACGUCUCAUGUCGACUCGACACAGACAGCCCAGAAAUUUCAGGACUACACCCUCCGAGAGGAAGAAAUACUCAAGAAGUUUCGCAAAAAGGAGGGUUGCAUCGAUAUUCUUGAUGUGCGAAUUCCCAAACGACUUAGAGGCAGGCUUGAGCACCUGCACCACUGUCCGGUUCAUCGGAAUACAUCCGAUGCCCAUGCGAGCCGUCAUCGUGGUGGCGCUAAGACCGCUUCCGCGACAAGCAAGCUUUCGGGGAAGGCUCCGAGGGAUCGCAAGAAGUUUCGAUCAACACCUUCCUCCACAAAUCCCUUGAAAAAUUCGUCGGUGACAGAGCUUGCAACCCCGAUUUCCAAUGUCUCGGCGUUUUGCCAAGCUGUUCUGUCGAAAAUCAUUCCCCACGAGUUCUGGGGGCACGGUGAUGUGCAGGCUCACAACCGAGGCAAGCUACUCAAAACCGUUGACAAGUUCAUUAAGCUGAGGCGUUUUGAAACAAUGUCACUCCACGAAGUUAUGCAAGGCCUGAAGCGAAGCGAAGUUCUGUACGAGUUUCUCUACUACAUCUUUGAUUCGAUAUUGAUACCUUUGGUCCGGAGCAAUUUUUAUGUCACCGAGUCCAAUAUCUAUCGAAACCGGGUGUUCUUCUUCCGCCACGAUAUCUGGAGGUCUGUCGCGGAGCCAGCCAUGGCCGAGCUCAAGGUCAAUUUGUUUGAGGAAGUCAAACUCGAUGAGGCUCUGAAGAAGCUUGAUUCUCGCCGACUAGGAUACAGCCAAAUUAGGUUGCUCCCCAAGCAUGCCUCGGUCCGGCCAAUCACGAAUCUGCGUCGGAGAAUGCUAAUGACAAAGGACAAAAGGUUACUAGGCCAGAGCAUCAAUACUGUCCUGGGGCCUGCCUAUAGCAUGUUGAAGCUAGAGACGGUUCUUCAUGGGAGCCGGCUCGGCUCAGCCAUGUUCUCUGUGGGAGACAUCUACAAGCGCAUCGAUACUUUCAAGCAGCGUUUGGGCCACAGCAACGUGCCUCUCUACUUCGCCAAACUCGACGUUCGAGCUGCUUUCGAUACGAUCCCCCAAGCUGCUGUCGUUUCGUUGAUGAGAUCUAUUCCCUCUCAACGCAAAUACGACAUGGUCAGGCACGUCGAAAUGCAGCCCAACGAGAGUGGCAUCCUCGCGAAAUCCAAGGUUAUGAAACGAUGGCACACCUCAGCUAGAGCGGGAGCUGACAAGUCGACAUUUCUACAAAUGAUCGCGCGAGGGGCUAUCCCCAGCAAGAAGAACGCAGUCUAUGUUGAUAGUGUCUUCCGAAAGUCGCACAGCACACAUGAUCUACUUGCGCUGAUAGACUCACACAUUCAGGAGAAUCUCGUCAAGAUCGGUAAGAAAUUCUACCGUCAGAAGAACGGCAUCCCCCAGGGGUCGGUCAUCUCUUCCGUUCUCUGCAAUUACUUUUAUGCGGAUCUGGAGAAGAAAGAAUUGCAGUUCUUGCAGGUGGAAGACUGCCUCCUUCUCCGGCUCAUCGAUGACUUUCUUCUGAUAACCACGGACAAGAACAAGGCGUCUGGCUUUGUAGGAGUCAUGCGGCAAGGCAUGCCCGAGUAUGGCGUGGAGAUCAGCCCUAGCAAGACACUGGUCAACUUUGACAUGUCGGUCGACGGCGUUGCAGUGCCCAAGAUCCAGAAAGAUUGCCGCACAUUCCCUUACUGUGGAAUACAGAUUGAUUGUCAAACUCUCGAAAUAACCAAAGACAGAGGAUUGAACUCCGGGGCCUCGGUCAGAGAUCCAACGAUCUCAAAUUCUCUCACAGUCGAAUUCACUCGACACCCAGGCCAGAACUUCGGACGGAAACUCAUCAAUUCAUUCAAAAUCCAGUCAAACAUAAUGUUUUAUGACACACGGUACAAUACCCUGUCCACCGUCCUACGUAAUCUCUACGAAGCAUUCACAGAAUCAGCUACCAAGGCGUGGGCAUACUUGAAAUGCCUUCCUGCGGAGAAGCAGCCUGGUCCACAGCUCAUCAUAGUUUCCAUCUCGAAACUUUUCGAGGUGGCACACUUGUUGCUUACUAGCCCAUCAAGGAAGCUGAAGUAUCCUGAGUAUGAAUGCAAGGUUUCACAGGUCCAGGUCAAUGACACGAUCAGGAACCCCAGCCAAGGCCUUGAUCCGAGCCCGCAGCAGAAGGCAGGCCACGUGCAGAGCCUCUGCUUCACCAAAACCAUCUUGAAAGAGGUGGCUUCUUCCGCCUCGGAAGGGUGUCGUAUCUGCAGUAUGGCACUGGCUCAGGCCCGAAAUGGGCAGUUCACAGUGCUUCGCUGGGCUAAAGACGAUGACGAUGAUGAAGAAGACGAAGACGACACUCCGUGGCCUGGGGACAACCUGAUGGGGCGGAUGGACACGGGUUUCCUACUAAGUAGGCCGUUUGAAGACGAUGGACUCGUCAGCAUUAGGUUCUACCUCGAAUUCCGGGACAAGCCCAAGAAUGUGUUUGGGACAUUGGACGAGGUGCUUUGGCUGUCGCCGCCGGGGCCGGGGCCGGGGUCGACAGCAACCAAGCUUGUCGCGGCUCACGAUGAGUCGGUGCAUUCCACGAAGAAUUUUCGUCAGAUCAAGCAGUGGCUGGCGCAUUGCGACCAGAACCACCCAGACUGUGGCCUUGCCCCGGCUCGAGAUGGGCUGGCUUUCACACCAAGCCGGCUCAUCGAUGUUGGCAGUGCGGACGAUUCCUGGGUUCGACUCAUAUCAAACACGGAGAAUAUCCGAGGCGAGCGAUAUACCACCUUGAGCUACUGCUGGGGAGGUGCUCAGAGCCUCAAGCUCAUGUCCUCCAACAUCCGCCACUUCGAGGAGGGAUUCCCUCUAGACGACCUUCCCAAAACGAUCCGCGAGGCAGCCCAGGUCACGCAAGAUAUUGGCGUCCGCUACCUCUGGGUCGACUCGAUCUGCAUUAUGCAGGACUCCGUCGACGACUGGGAGUCAGAGGCUGUCCGGAUGUCGGAUGUAUACGGGUGCAGCUACUGCACCAUCAUGGCUACAGAGAGUCGCAACUCAGACGAGGGCCUGUUCAGAUCGCGGGUCGACAGCGUGGUCCGGCCGACCUGGUACAAGAUCUGGUACAAGGAUGAGGCAACCCCCACCGUCUUCAUGAAGGAGAUGUCCAUCGAAGCAGAAGGCGAGGUGAGCUUUUAUACCAAGCGCCUGGAUGACGCACCCGCUGCCAAUAGGGCCUGGAUCUUCCAGGAGCACGUUCUAUCUAGGAGAGUGAUACACUUCACAUAUGAUCAGCUGAUGUGGGAGUGUCAGUCGACUGUCACCUGCGAGUCAUUCCCUGAGGGCUUCAGUGGGAAUGGAGUCAUCAAUGACAGCUAUCUUUGGAUUCCAAAACUUAAGCCUACGGGUCACAUGACGGCAACUCUCAAGGCAAUCAGUGCCAUGCUGAGAUGGGCAAAUUAUGUCGAAGCCUACUCCCACCGCGAAAUGUCCGUCCCCGGCGACAAGCUAGUCGCCAUAGGCGGCAUCGCCAGAAGACUCGCAGAAAUUCACGGAUUAGACCACUCCGACUACGCUGCUGGACUCUGGAAGCACAAUAUGCCCAGCUGCCUUCUGUGGACGUCCUUGAGCACCUUUUCCAAAGACACCCCGAAAUCCUGGCAUAAUACGUUCGCCCCGUCGUGGUCCUGGGCAGCGAUAGGUGGUAGUGUUCAAUAUGCCAGGUCGCACGUGCAAGAUCCAGCACGCAAAUCACUGGUCGAGGUCCUUGACGUACAGAUUGAGUACGUAGAUCGUCAGAUUUUCGGUCAGGCGGUGUCCGGCACGAUAAAGCUGUCAGGGCGGCUCAUAUCCGUCUUCAAGCCGGCGUGGAAGAACAGAGGGGACUCAUCUCACCGAUCAGAAAAGUACAAGGACCCAAAAUACGCCCUACUCUGGACCGGCCAGCUCGCGAGGGAUGUGGCUUUCGAUGCGAACCAGGGCCCUAUCACCAUCUCCUGGGACGUGUAUGGCGUCGCAGAGGAGGUCUUGUGCAUGAGGGACAAACUCAGGGGUACUUAUGGCCUACCGAUAUUCUACAAUGCCGGAGCCAGAAGCUUGUGUGGACUUUUGCUCCUCGCCACGGAUCGUCGCGGAGAGUAUCGGCGCCUGGGUCUGUUUCGCGAGUGGAUAGAUCCUCCAGAUCGUGAGCGAUUCUAUGGAGAGGAGGGCGAAGGCGAAACUGGAGAAUGGCUGGACGAUUUCUACGACUCUGGGCGCUUUGGAGGGGAGAUUAGGGCGGAAGAUCUGCAUCUUUAUACAGACGACGAGUCAAUCAUACUUGUCUGA